AUGCCUGCCCCGCCCAGCCAGCCAGCCACCGAGGGGCCAGGUGCGGCUCUGGCCUGCGUCCCUCCAGGGGGAAACACGGCCCUGCCCGGCAGUUUACAGACAUUAUGGGAGGCUCCUCCUGGAGCGGCAGGGCAGCGCCCCUUCCUUAAGGUGGCCCGCAGAGAAGCCACCUCUCCUUUCUCCAGGAUCCUUCCUGUGUGCUGGUGUCUGGGACCAAAAGGAUGGGUGGGCCCAGGGCUAGAGCGCAGCGGCCCCUGGCCCUUGACCACAGGGCAGAGGCUGCCCGGGAGAGGGGGGAUUGAGUGGGCAAACAGAGGUGCCCCCAGGUGUGCCUGCAGGCCCCCAGCCGCGCAUCUGAGCCCUGGCGCAAGGCCAAACCUCACCGAGGGGCUCCCGGCGCCCUGA